GUCUGCUGGCCUCUGAAAUGGGCUCGACUAAUCAGCCCUGAUUUCAUCCAUAUUUCUUUAUCAUAUUAACUGUUCCGAAAGCUCAAGGCAGUCGAGGCAUAUCCACAAUGAUAUUUGGAGGUGAGGCGGUGGACGAGGUCAGCUGCAGGUUCUCAGAGCUGGUUCCUGUGGUGCUGACUGCCUGGCCAACGGGCUCCACUCCCCGUGCUGCACAGUAAAGAGCAUUUCACGCCCAGACAAGACCACACGGCACCGCCAUGAAGCCGGGUCACGAGCGCAAUCAGGAGUGCCUGCCUCCCAAGAAGAGGGAUCUCAACAACAGCACCAGUAGCAGUAGUGCUACUGGUGGGGCAGGAAGUGGGGUGGGGGGGGAGGAAGUGCCCUCCACUCAGAGCUCAGGGGUCGGUAGUGACACUCAGGGAGGUGGCACAGCAGAGGAGUGGCUGCAUGCUCAGCCUGGUCUACACUAUGGAGUAGAGAGUGCUGAGGGCCUCCAAGGGCUGCCUGUUGACCAGUACAGCAUGCUCUAUAGGGUGGCUCUCCCUUCUGUCUCCUACUCCCAGACCAAUCUACACCCAGUGUUAAGCCAUAUCUCUCCAGCUUACACUGUCCCCUCAUCUCUCCUACAGCAUCAUCCAGGUAUCUCCUAUCCCCCUCUAGGCUAUGCCCAGAUCCCCCACUCCUCUUUCCAGUUUGUCUCUCCAUAUGGUGCAGUCCCUUAUGCAGUCCCCCCUGGCUUUGUUCCCAGCACCCUGAUCUCCCCCUCAGUUGCCCUCUCCCAGCCCCACCUGGUCCCCUACCAGUCAGUCAUCCAGGAGGGGUUGGUCUCCCCUCCUACCCAGACCCAUGUAUCUGCCCAUGCCUUUGCCAAAGUGGGGUCGUCCGGAGGGGUCCCGCUGAUGCUGACCUCGGAACAGGCUGCCCAGCACCUGGGCCCGCUGCCCGCCGCAGAGCUCAGUCCUCGGGGAGUGCCUGUCUUUUACCACCCUCAGGGCACCAGGGCUGCGCCUGCCCCCAGGGACCCCUACAGCGGGGAGCAGGAGACGGAUAGGGAGGUGAAUGGAGGGGAGAGGGAGCAGGCAGCCAGGGAGAUGCUCCAGGACUCAGUCUACAAUGCCAGGAAUGCAAGGCUGCUGCAGGCAGCAUCUGCCUCUGUAGCACUGGAGCACUCACAGGACAGAAGCCUGAAGAGCCGCAGGCUGGACGAGAGGGCUUCGCCUGGGCAGCGCAGCACCCCAGACACUGACCUGGAGGUUCAGCAGGUUGUUGGUCGCCUAGCCUCUCCUGUCCAAGGUGUGAGUGGAGGGCGCAAAGAGGUGUCCUUUGGUCCCCUGAACCUAUCCCAGGGCUCCCAGAGAGGCAGAGAGGCUCAUGGGGAGAGUACUGGCCGGACAGCAUACGCGAUCCACCCUGUGGUGUAUGGAGACCCCAGGGUGACGGCCCAUCAACAGCAGGCAGGGCAGCCAGGCCACGCGGUCAUCUUGGCCAAUGGACAGACAGUCCUGGUCCCCUUAGACUAUCAUCAACAGCCACCCCAGCACUAUCCCAGCCGGACCAAUGACGACACCUCUGCUGUCACCAUGGCCUCCCCCACCACCUACUCUAAAGCCUCUGAGUCUCCAGCCAGAGUGUGCCUCCUAGACAGGGCUGUGGUGGAACUGGCCGCCGUGGAGCAGCAGCCUAUUUCUGUUCCAGUCGCGGCAGCCCUCACACAGGCCCUGGCCCCGACGCCCAACCCUGCCCCCUCCAAUCCCUCCCAUUUCAUGAAGGGGGCCAUCAUCCAGCUGGCCACGGGGGAGCUGAAGCGUGUAGAGGACCUGCAGACUCAGGAUUUUGUGCGGAGUGCUGAGGUGAGCGGGGGGCUGAAGAUCGACUCCAGCAUGGUGGUGGACAUCAGGACCAGCCAGCAGAGACCCGGCCUGGUGGCGCUGCACUUCACAGUGGGCGAGCAGCAGAGCAAGGUGACCAUCGACGUGCCCCCGGAACACCCCUUCUUUGUGUUUGGCCAGGGCUGGUCCUCCUGCAGCCCAGAGCGCACGGCCCAGCUCUAUGGCCUGGCCUGCCACCACCUGCAGGUAGGAGAUGUGUGUGUGUCCAUCACUCUGCAGCAGCCGCCCCAGCAACAGAAACAGCCCCUGCAGCAGCAGCAGCAACAACAACAGCAGCAGCAGACCCAAGCCAGGACUUCCACCAAAGCCAACUCCACAUCAGGGUCCAUCGGCCAGUCCAUGGGGCCCCCUGCCCCCCAGCAGCCCAGGCCACAGCCUCACUUCAGGAUGGAACGCGUCCACAGGGAGAGGGAGAGGGGGGAUAAAGAGGAGCCCAUGCAACUAGGGGGUGUUGUGCAGAGUGAGAUGCCCACCAGACCAAAUAGGACUUCAACAGAGCAAACUAGGAGCCAGAGCAGUUACUAUUUGCCCACGGAGGGUUCUGCUCAUCCAGGGGCGGGGUUGGGAGUGGUGUCGACAGUGUCGAGCGCGUCUCAGAGGCGCUGGUCCGCCCCCGGCCUUCAGAGGUACAUGAAGGUAGAGGAAGGGGCGCGCCCUCAGCUGGGCCCCUCCGGCUCCUCUCGACCCUCCUUCAUCCCACAGGAGGUCAAACUGUCCAUCGAGGGGCGCUCUAAUGCUGGGAAGUAGCACCAACCAUGGCAGUCCACACCACAGAAGAGACUGUCAGAGGAGUGAAAGCAGCAGAGAGGGGGAAACGGGAAAAAGAGUGGGAAUGUAGCCUCUGAAUGUUUGAUAUUUUGCACACCUAAUAAUAUUACAAGUUCUUUGUUUUCAGGGGAACUACCUGGUCUGGUGGCUGGUCAGGUCCGCUCUAUUUGCCUGUUAGUCAGUCAGGACAGCUCCUGGUCCAGUGAUCAGGAGAUUGGGUCUCUGCUCUCCCAAGCUGACAAGGAGUGGAUGCAGCAGCAGGGAGUGUAUGUAGCUGGUGAAUCACCUACCAAAGUCUUCAGACUGCAUCUUCCUUCCGCCCAACCAACCUCUCAGAACCAUCCUUAUCAGAGGUGAACCAACCUCUCAGAACCAUCCUUAUCAGAGGUGAACCAACCUCUCAGAACCAUCCUUAUCAGAGGUGAACCAACCCUCAGAACCAUCCUUAUCAGAGGUGAACCAACCCCUCAGAACCAUCCUUAUCAGAGGUGAACCAACCCUCAGAACCAUCCUUAUCAGAGGUGAACCAACCCUCAGAACCAUCCUUAUCGGAAGUGAACCAACCCUCAGAACCAUCCUUAUCAGAGGUGAUCGCAUUCACUGGACUUUCUCUCUUCUUUGACCAAACCAUCUCUGGAAACCCAAGACUGGGGAGAAUAUAUAGCUCAUGUCUGGUAGACAUGACACAGUGACAAGAACAUAGCUAUCCUAUUAUGCUCUGUCUCCCCCCACAUUUCUAUUUUGGUCUGUUACCUUCAAAAGCGUUCUCCCAAAAAGAAAAAAAGACUAAAGGUGCACUUGCGGUGCUGAAUUGCUGGCAUCGGCACAUAGAUGCUUUUCCCUCUAAUGAUGUUGGUUCUCUUGAUGCAGACUCUUGAUGUGUGUCAUCGUAACUUAGUGUGCUUCUCUAGUAGGAGCAGAGGACUUCUACUAAGGCACAGACACUCUCCCUCAUCUCCCUGCCUCUCCUCGUAGGGCCCAGUCUGCUGAGAUAGGAUCUGAGAGGAGGGCAGGCAGCCUUAGAGGUCUUUCAAUCGGCUCCUUCAAUCAACCAAUCAGAACCUAGGAAACCGCUCACUCCUUUCGUAACGCACCAACCACGCUUCCCAGUUUUUCAUUUUACACCCCAACCCCACUUUGUGCCACGGUUACAUGUCAGUUUUCCCUUCGAAAGAAACCAAAAGAGAUCAUGCAUUCCAGUAUCAUAGUGAUUAUCAGUGACCACAAGACAAAACAACACUCAUCUUCCCGAAUGCAGCCCUUCCUGCCUGCUAUACCUCUCAGCAUUCCUCUGCCUGACUGGUGACUGUUUAAUGUCACUGUAUUUGUAGGUACCACUACUGGAGGCACGGGCUGCUCCACUAAUGUCGCCUGUGGGAAUGAAGCCUGCAUGGAGCAGUACUGGCUGCAGCCCGUCGUGGACGGUGAGGGCCAAAGAGUGGGACCCUGCCCCCAUAGAGCCAUGUUGGCCCCCAUAGAAUCUCUUUUCAGUUCAGCUGGGCCUAUGAGGGGGAGCCCUGUGUGUGUUGGAGGGGAUGGAGUUGGCCCUGCUUCAUGCCUUUUUCACACUAUUGUCUCAACACAAACUGGGGGGAUCUUUUGGCUUGCUUUCCAGUAUAUAUAAUUGGUUUAAGGUUAUCCUGCCAUUUCCCAGUCUGGUUUAGGUUGUUCAUGGCUAGCUAGCUAUGUGCCUCUGCUCGUUUAAAAGCAGGAUGGCACUAGAUAUGUUAUCUGGCCAGGUCAGCUUACACGACUGUGUGAAAUGGGUAUAUGAGUCUAGUCAAUCCUUGCUCAGUUACCAAAAUCAAAGCAAUAGUGUCUUUUCUGUUUAUUUGGGGUUUUCUGUGUAUUUUGUUAUUGUUUUUAUAUUAAAAUCUUGCGUAUCAGACUAAUACUAUAUUUAA